CAGAUCGUUCCGUCGUCUGAGGUGGUAACGUUUUUCGGCUUUUCCUACUAGUUUUUGCUAUUGCUCCAAGCGAGGGCCAGUGCAAGUGCGAUGGUGUCGCGUGGGAUCAUCUUCUUCAGUGCAGCAGUAAUUCUCCUGGCGAAAUCAACGACUCAACAUCAAUUCAACGUGCGCGCGAACCUUAUUCAUCAGCUGCUGUGACUGGGUCACCCAAAUUCGCACAGUUUAGUGCUAAUUGACCAAAAUUGUCUGCGGUGACAAUAAAUGCCGCCGAGUGACGCUUUAGUAGUAACUACACGCAAAGCAAUUGUAGCUGGUCGGUCGGUGGCGAAGACUUCGGGCGGUCUAGCUGGGCUCGGUUGGCCCAGUCGAAUGCUGAAGAGGGAGGCACAAUUUGUGUUUAUCUUAAAACAUUCCAACCCGGUCAGUGUUCAGUGAAUCAAAGUUACCGAAGGCAGCGUGCUGUUCUGUAGUGCAUUCUUAAAUCACAGCAGGCGGAUUCCACCCAUCAUCAACAGCAACAACUGGGCAGCAGCUGCAGAAGUUACCGACAGUUUAUCAGGCAGAGUUAAACCAAAACAAAAUGCAAAUCGAGUUGGCUGAGUUUAGUCAGAAGCUACAGGAGUACCGGGCCAUCUUGGAACGGCUGCAGAGCGAGAAGCAAUCGUACCAACAGAGACGGGAGCGACUGAGCAAACUCAGCCAACGGCGUCGCUCGGAAAUCCGGAAACCAGAUGUUGUAUGCUACAUGUGUAACGCCAACAUCGAAGUCGAGGACACAAACAGUUUCGCAACAUGUCGCGGUUGCGAGCGACUGGUGUGUCGGAGCGAGGAGAAACAAUGCUGCGAAUGGAUCCCAGCGAUAGGCAUUUGGGAGUGUCGAAAUUGUCACUCGAGCCGCGUGAUCCAGCAGAAAGCAGGCGAGUGGUUGCUCAAUCAACUGACCAGCCGGUUGCAGAAUCCAGGUCCGGUCAACUUGAACAGCGAAGGCUUGCUUGGAUUGACCGAUUCUGACGACGCCCGAAGCUGCACAUCGUCAAUUUCGUCAAAUCAAAAAGUCAAGGUGCGAGAGUUCAUCGAAGAAUUGCUAUCUUCUCUGCUCAACGGACCACUCGAUGAUGUCUCCGUUGGACAACUCAUGGAAAACGAGAGCUAUUCAAAGGUGUUCCACAGGUAUCACUCACGUUUGGGCAGGUGUCUGUACAACCUGGAGCUCUCGAUACAUCAGUCGUUGUCCGAUCUGCCACUGAUCGAAGGCCAAACCGAGCCGAGCAGCCCGAGCGAUACGCACUUCGAACUGCGUAAGAUGCUGCAGAAGAUCCUGGAUGAGGUCGCCAAACUUCCGGGGCUGCUGAACCACAGUGGCUUCCCGUUGCGACCGGAGGAGCAUCUGCCGUACUUCAGCCCCAAGAAGUACGAACAGCUGCUGGCCACCGCUGUGCUCAAUAAGGUUGUGGAGGACUACCGCAAUCCGAAGAACUUUGAACACGUGAAACCGGAAGCGGACACGGCUGGCCCUCCGACGACUGGAGCGACAUCGGCGGGUUCAGCGCCGGCCACCACCGGGACUACCUUCGACAUCAACCACAACAAGGUUCCUGGUGAAAGCCUAUUGAACGAAGCCAACCUAAGAAAGAUGUCGUUGGAUAAGGAGUUGAAGGAGGAAUUGUACAAUCGAUCGUUGUCAGAAUCUGACGAGUCUUAUCUAAGUGAUUACAUCCAGAAACACACAGUGCCUUUACCUGAUCUGUCGGAUACCACCGGAUCAGGUCCUGAAGAUGAUGUGAUAUCACUCAAAUCGAACACCACUGAUGGAACGUGGGAGGAAAAUUGGUUGUUCAAAAAACGCCAGCUCAAAUCUACGGAGUCUUCAAUAGCCAUGCUAGUGCCAUCUCCAACCGAAGAAGUUAAGGCGCUUAUCGGCGAUAAAAACGCUGAUGAAGUCAGCGAUCUAUCCGAAGCCGGAUCAGAUGUUGAAGAGUAUGACUCAGAUAGCAAUGUAAAAAACACUGAUACCGGUAGCUCCCCUAAAAAGGCUGGGAAUUCACUUGAUGAUCAUGCUCAGGACAGUUUGAUCUCCAUCAACUCAAUCGCUUCCAAUGAGCCGGUACUUUCGGAAGCCAAGAAUGAUUUGUUACUGCAGGAGCAAACAGUAGCACAAGAACUUCACAAUAACAUGGUGAAUGAUCUUAUUAGUAUUGAGCCGUGCUCAGUAAAAACGGAAGCUGCUAAUCCAACGUUGAUAGAAAACAAAUCGAAUCCGUUCCUGAGCGGACCCGAAUCGGUAUUAAUUGAAGAAAACAAUAACAUUGUCAAGCUGGAUGAAGUUGAAACCGACGACAUUAAACUUAUGCAGGAACGUAUUCAAAAUACGCCGAAGCAAUGUGACGUUGAUGGCAAUGUGAUGUAUCCAAUUGGAAUCGCUAGAACAAUCCCAGUUGACGGCCACUCCAGUGAGUGCGACCGAAAAGAAGUCCCAAUAGACAGAGCACACUCUAACACCGAACACAUCACAAGCCCCAUUGAAACCGUAUCCGAAGUAGAUGUAGAUCACCCUAUUACCCCUCGUAGCAAUAACCUUAGUAUCAGCCUUAACCCUGCUCAAAAUAAUAUGGAAAGUGAAAGCCCAAUGACGCCAGCCAUCGAAAGUACGCUUGAUCCAAACAGUACAAUAUAUGCUGAACCGCUUUCCCCACAUCCCAUCGUACUCAACAUAACGGAAGUCUUCGAGCGUUCCAUGAAACCUCCACUAAUGUCUAUUUCAGAGGAGGAUUUCUCAACUAACGCUUCGACUGCCGUUCAACCAACCCUAAUGCCUUCCGACAGUAAUACCUCCACAAACGGUGAAAGCGAUUUCAAAACUCUCUCACAAAAUAGUUCAGACGAGAUCACUGCAGCGACGACCGACACCGAUACCAGCUUCACUUUGGAUAGCCUGGAUCCUUCUCAGCAAUCGCUUGACUCUUCUGUUGAAAGUAGUCGACACUACCGAGAGGCUGAAUUUAGCUCAAUUAACAACGAUAAUGAAUUAUCCGAAGCGUCUAAGAAAUCGUUGGAUCUUCUAGAACUGAAUGAAACUUCUAACGGAGCGGUUUACGUUUGCGAUACCAGCAACCUACAGUUUGCUGAGCAGCUAAGAGAACUGCGAGAACGGCAGGAGCAGCCAGACCAAAAUGAUGUAGAUUGUGAGCAGAAAGUUGAACAAAUACGCCUUACACAAGAUUUGGUAGCGUUCAACAAAAAUGCUCCUAGCCCUGAUGCGCUGGUGGAGCAGAGUGCGCAAACAUCAAAGCAAUCGGUGGCAAUCGACGAAGGUAGUGGUAAAGCAGGUCUUGAAAGUGUUGAAAUCCGUGAACGACUAGUAACAGAAGUAGGCGUUGACAACAGUACAGGCAACCAAAAAGUUGAAAGAAUUGAUCAAGGAGAUAACUUUGAUGAAAAGAUAUCCACGAAUGAGGAAGCUGAACCACUACUUGAUGUUGCGCAAGAUGCAAUAGGCGAUCAAAACAUCGAAUCGACCCUGUUUCAUGAUGUUGUAGAAAAGGCCAUAAUUUUAGAAUUACAGCCAAUUGGAUCGCAAGAAAACAAAUGCCCUACUACUUCUGAUGUCGGAAGUUCUGACGAAAACCUGAUAGUUCCUGAAAGCCAACUUGUAAUAAACAGCUCCGGUUCUAACAUUCCCGAGACAUCCGCAGAUAAUAUUGAGGUCGCUGCUGAUCCCACUGUAGAUUUAUUGGGAUUCACCGAAUCGCCGACAGCUUCCAAUGAGCCAAUUACAGAUCAGGCUCUGUUCAAUGAUAACGAAACAUACGUUGAAAAGGUAUCGUCAUCCUCGGAAACUACCACCAGCUCCGUAGAUUCGGUAGUUGAUCUCGGAGCUCAAAAUCACAUCAAAAUGGAAGAAAAUCGGUCGUCCGAAGAGUCUGAACAAACUGAUCUUCUAAGCUUCAUCGCCAGUCCAGUGCAUAAUUUGCCCGACGUUAUUUCAGGUACUCCCGAAGCAUUAGACGAAUCCGACAAUGAACUGCUGAAAUCAAGCGAUGGUUUACCAUCCCAGUCAGGAUCAUCUAGUCCAACGGACACGUCCACUGAAGCUGUAGCGGGAUCCGUCGAUAGAGUCUCCAGUCCAGAAGACUUUUAUCCUACCCCCAGAGUGAGUUCGAAUGAUCCAAUGACUCGAGCUUCUGCUCUCGAUGACCAGUCACAGCCUACUCCGAUAGCAAUCGUAACCCAGCAGAUGCGGCAAUACUGUGAAGAGUUGAAAGGUAUUCUUUAUCCACGUGAAACACCCCAACCAACAUCUGAAACAUCCGGGGAACAACCACAACAAUCAUCUGAGAUCCCCGAGGCUCUUCUGCUCUUCCAGGAAGAGCUACGUGCAGCUAAUGAGGAUCCUUCACAAAGUGUGGUCAAACCUUGUAAAGAUCAUCCCAUACAAACCAUUGCUGUUGACAGUUACAAGAUGCCUGCUUCGGAAACUCUUACCACACCGUUGGAACAGUUUGCUGCACUGUCAGCUAUUUACAACCAGAGUCUGCGGGACAUGGACCAUGAGAAAGAAACUGCUCCUGAGGCUGAGGAUACCUCUUGUUCAUUGAAGGAUACCAAUGAAAUUGUUUUGGGUACGCCCUCCACAGAAGAAUCCGUACUUUCGGAAGCAAUCAUUACCGCUGAUGAGAAUGAUCCACAACCAAAAGCCGAAUCUUGUGAAGAUCAACUGGUACAAGCGAAUAGCACAGAGAGUUCCAGCGCACCGAAGUCUGAGUCUCUUCCGACACCGAUGGAAGACUUUGCCAUACGGUCAGAUCUUUACAAUCUCACUUUACGUAAAAUUGACAACGUGGAUGAAAAUAUACCUGUGGCAGUGACAGAAGCUUCUCCAGCAAUUCCAGAAAUGUGUGAUCAUCCAGAGGCUCUUCAAUUCCAAGAAGAGCUACGUGUAGCCAAUGAUGAUCCCACACAAGCUGAAGUUAAGCCUUGUAAAGAUCAUCCUAUACAAAGUAUUACUUCAGGCGGCUCUGAUACACCCGUAUCAGAAUCUCUUCCUACACCGAUGGAAGAAUUUGCUGUAAAAUCUGCGAAUUAUAAUCACAGUUUACGUAGAAUCGACUACGUAGAAGAAAGUACUCCUGUGGCUGAAGAUGCUUCUUGUUUGCACAUGGAAAACCAUGAACUAUCAAUCACCAACGCAAUCGUGACGGUCACACCCUCUGCAGAAGAACACGCUGUUCAGGAAGCGAUUAUUAUUGAACAUACUCCUACUCCUGAACCAAUUGCGGCAGUUGAAGUUUCCUACGAAAGACAAGUUACAGCAACAGUUGAAGAGCUGAAAGAUGACCGCAAGCAGAACCAAGAUAUUCUAGAAAGCAUAGUCGCUCGAAGCUCCAGUACUCCAAUAGAGCUGGAACAGUCCUCGUUAGCGGAAGAGAAAUCCCAGUGCGAUCCUGUACUCUCUUCAGCUGAUCCGGAGUGUUCCCCGAAAGAAAAAGACACCCCAACAGAUUUGGAACUGGCCUCACUGACGGUGCCACAUUCCGCGGUUUGUGUGCUGACUAACACUGGUGACACUAACCUCACUAAUGCAGCUGAAAGUGAUGUUACUAACACAACGCAUGCUAAUCAACCCCCGAGCUUUACCUCGGAGGCAACCAUCACGAUUGUAGAACCAGACUCAUAUCAUUGUCCACAAAUUGCAGCACAAUCUGAAGCAGUGGAGAAACAGAAACCAUCCGAAACGAGUAACGGUCACGUGCCGGCAGUGGCAACCAACGGUGAUAGUAAGGACGAUUCGGCGGAGGACGAAAUGCUGAUUCCUGGAUCUAUCGCCGAACGUGAGCACCUGAAGUGGCGCAACGCAUCACCGAUCGCCAACAAUCCGUACUCUCCAGACGUGCUACAGAAACGGCUUGAGGAAUCGAACAGAAAAUCCAGUCUGUUUGAUUUCGAUCGAUUGGCAGGUAAAGAUCCUACGUCACCAACCUUGGAAGUUCCAGACGAUUCCGACCUUCUGGUAGAUUCCAAAGAAGAAGAGGACACCGCUGAACAGGAUCGUUCACUUCAGUCCGUCCUGGGAGCCAAUCCCAACCAGUAUCAGAGAUACGGUCGAGAUUACUACAUCAACGAUGCCAAGCGUGCCUGUGGUUCCAGGAAACAAACACCCGACCUCCCGACCCAGCUAACCCACAGCACCGACGACGAGAAAUCUUUAUUGCUGUCACAGAAACAGGACCAACCAAUUAGCCUUAAGCCCUGCCACCAGAACAAUGACCAGCAGCCAGCGCCAGGAGCGUUUCCCUGUGUCAAGUCCAGUAGCUGUGGAAGCGUUGCAAACAAGCAGCAAUCGGAGGACAUCUUCUCCGCAGGACGACCCGUCGAGGUCACCCGUGAUGAUGACAUCUUGAAGAAAGGCACCAAAGUGGAAUGCCUCAGUACUCCUGCUCGGGAGAUCUACCUCGUUCCGGCGGAUGAGCCCAUAACUCCUCAUUCAUUGGGAUCGUCUUCCGAACUCAGCAUGGCAUCCAGGGCUGAUGACAGUCUGACGUUUAGUGAGGACUCGGACGUUACUCGCAUCUAUGAGAUUGGAACUGGUGAAUCCAAAGUGAUUCACGGAGAUGUUAUCGGUGGCGAGAAGGAUACAGGCCAGACACCACCUUCAACUCCCACCUAUGGGGAUCAACUAAUCAACACAGCCCACCCCAUAGACGAAGAACAAACUAUGAACAAAUUGAACACUCUCAAACAGCAGGAAAGUGAACUGCUGUCAGAAGAGAUUCUCGAGAUUAUUCCACAAGUGAGAGCUCUUACGCCGACACAGCCGGAGCAGAUUCCAGAAGAACCUUCUAGUCCAACCAUCGAUCGAAGUCAUCUGCUGAAACCGCACCUCCUCAAAAAUAAGCCUCUUUCUCCGGAGACGAUUAAGUUCUUUUCGCCGAAGAAACCUUUCUCAACAAACCUAGCAGCUUCAUCCUCGCUAUCGCAAUCAACAUCAGAAAUUCGAGAGCUACCUCUUCUGCCAAUUAGCCACUACCAUUCGUCACUGCACAUCGACUAUCCACCCACGAGACCUGCACCAGCACAUCAUGAUUUCAUUAUUGAAAAGGAGGUGAUGGAGGUGCUACCAUCGGUGAAAGAACUUGCCAAGUGCUACAGUGGAAGCCAGCAGGACGUCAACGCGGUACCUAAACCACUGCAUAAACCGAGGGUCAAACUGCGCAAGGACUUCAUUCGUCAAUCGUCGGACAUGCUGAACGAGGAACAACCUCAAGAAACUCGCAGUGGAAUGCCACAAGUGGAUAACAAAAACCGCCGAAUGUAUUGCAGCACCAGCAGCAUAACUGCAGCGGAGGACGGCCGUCGUGCGAACGUGGAAGCCUACAAUCCACCCUCCUUUGUACCGAUGGCCCCGGGUCAUAGCAUUACGGCUCGUAGCCUUUCCAAACAGAUUCGAGACGAACUGAAAAUCAACGCCACAGAUGACCACAAGGUGCAGGGAGGACACACAUCACCCGAGCGGCCCAGUAGUCCGGUGUUUGCUCCAGGGCACCUUCGAAGCAGUAUACAGUUCUUCGAAAGCUUGCGGGACAAACAGUGAGUGCCUGGAGCACGGACGAGCGAAGUCAGCCAAGGGAAACAGUAAUCAGUGCCAUUAUUCUCUAAAAUCUGUAAUAUGAUACCAAAAUUUCCGAAGUCUAUUUGUUGAGGGGAGUGGGAACGAGUCGCCUUUUGCCGUUUCGUUUUGAGUGUAAAUUAUGGAGUCAUUAGCAGUGAACUAUUUAUUUAUUCAUUAAUAAAGCAUUUAAAAUCCAUAGUAUUGUGAUAUGGAAACAUAAUUGGAAAAUUGCGCCGCGAAAAAGGGUAAAGUUGUGCUUUUGCUUUUCAGGAAAAAAUAGAAGAAAACAUAAUGAAUCAAGAAAACAUAAUCAAGUAAUAA